AUGUCUCUUUCUCAGGGUGUUUACUGGAUUCGCAACAGCCGAUGGACAAACAAAGUGCUGGAUCUCAAAGAGGCCAAAACCGAGAACGGCACCCGCAUCCUCAACUUCGACCAACACGACACGUUCAACCAGGUCCUCAACCAGCUCUGGCUCCUCGAGCGAGUUGAGACCCGCGACACUUACCUCAUUCGUAGCGUCCAUUCCAACCUUGUUCUUGAUCUCCACGAUGGUUUGUCUGCCAACGGCACCCCCGUCCAGGCCUGGACAGAACACGGUGGCAGGAACCAGCAAUGGCGCGUCGAAUACUCUAAAUCUCAGAACGACAUGACUUUAUUCCGCAUCGUCAAUGCUGCUUCUGGAACCGCGCUUUCGCACAACGAAGAUGACUCCGACACGGCUACCGUUGCAUGGAGCAUCGACGACGGGCCGAAGCAACUAUGGGCAUUCACACCCUUCGUACCCUCUCUCUCAGUCCGUCUCCGAGUGAAGCAGACUGGGAGAGUCCUCGAUCUGAAGGAGGCCUCUGCUGCCAAUGGCACUCCUGCUCUGGCUUGGAACGAACACACUGCCGUUACGAAGCGCAAUCAGCUCUGGUGGUUGCCCAAGUUGCAGAAUAGUGAGGGAUAUACCAUCCAAUGCCUCGAGACCAACACCGUGGCCGACCUUGCCUAUGGCAAGAGCGACAAUGGUACCCCCAUCAUUGGUUGGCAGUCCCACGGUGGGCGCAACCAGCAAUGGGAUAUCGAGCUCUACAGAGGCGACUACCAACGCAUCAAAAACAUUCAGGGAGGAACUGCAAUGGACGCGUUCGCUGACAGCAAGGAGAAGAAGGUUGGCGGCUGGCAGUUCCACGGUGGCGACAAUCAACAGUGGCUGUUGGAUCCCGUUCCCUCCCCUGCACCCACCUAUGUCCUACUCCAAAACGCUGGCACCAACAAGUUCCUAGCCAGCAACGACUCUAACGACAUCGACACUGUCGACGGUCCCCAGACUGUCUUUGAUGGCAGGGUCCAAUGGCGCUUCGUCCAAACGGAAUCGACUGGCAUCUACACCAUCGUCAACCGUGCCACCGGUCGAAAGCUGCGCCAGGUCCACUCCUCCAUCCCUUCUAUCGGACUUGUGGAUUCCAAGCAGCCGGACAAUAAGGAUUGUUGGGUCCUCGAGAGUUACAAGAAGGCCCCCGGUGUUGGCCUCAUCAGCAUCGUUAAUCGUGCGACAGGCUUCACCCUCGACCACUAUGCUGGCGUGAGCGUUCAAGCUUUGGACAUCGGCAUGGACAACCAAAACAGGACCUGGAAGGUCCUUCAGGCCAACGAUUGGCUCCCUUCGUUUGCCCUCGUCAACGGCCAGAGUGGAACUGCCCUGACCGAUCAGGCCGGAAAGCAUGGCCACUACUCGUCCACUGAAAAUAUCAACCAAUAUGUCGCCCAAUGGGUCAUUCACAGGGUUCACGACGGUCCACAAUAUGUGAUUCAGAACAAGGCCAGCAACCAUUACAUUGGCGGGGCCUCCGCUCGAUGGGAGUUGGUUCCCCGCAACGAAAAGUACUUUGGUAUCCGUAACGUCUCCACCAAGAAGUACAUCGGCAUCCACAACAACCAGGUCACAUUCAACGACCAGGAGAUGAGCGACAAGUGUCAAGCAUUCGAACUGGUCUCUGGUCGUACGCCCGACAACAACGACGAUUUCCUGUACAUGGACGAUGACGUCUUGGAGGUCAUCGUUCCCCUCAUGGGCGAACAGGGAGCCGAGUUGGGGCAGCGUAUCGACAGACGUAGGGGCAGGCAGCCACCGAAGGACGUCAGUGAAUGGGGCAGAGUAGCUCCCAACCGUUUCAACCCUCCCGACAACGUCACCGUCCGCCAGCUCGUCAGCAAUCUCAUCGACAGAUUGGACAUUGACAUCGCUAACGAGGAGAGCCAGCCUGUCGACACCCUCGUCAAGUGCGACCAGAACGAGGCCGAGCGCGUUAUCGGCCAACGCCUCCCCCAGUCAAUCAGGGACAUUUUCGGGACGAGCGGCCACCCCGACAGGGUGUUCCGAAUCGAGAGGCAAGGCUGCGUGGACGUGGGCGGUGGACGAUAUGUCAAUAUCCUUGGCCUCUACGAGAAGGACGUGUACUGCCACGUCGUUCUUCCUGUCGGGGUUAGGUAUGGCAAGGAGGUGGUGCGAAGCUUCCUGCGAGAGAGCAUGGAUAGGAGUACGACUGUCGUCGUUACUCGUGCUUCGUCCAAGGCUCCUAACGGUGGUCCUAACCUCAAGCCCGACGCUCAAGCCGCCAGCGAGAAUCUGUGGAUCAAGUAUGCCCAGAAUCUCUUGCCCAUAGUCCCCGUCAAGCACUCCGAGCUCUAG